UCGGUGUGGGAGGAGAAGCGGCGUUCCAAAAUGGAGAGGGGACGGAUCGCGGGCACAGGAGAGAGUGGCAAAAGCACAUUUAUCAAGCAGAUGAGAAUCAUUCAUGGAUCAGGUUACUCUGAUGAAGACAAAAAGGGCUUUACAAAACUGGUGUACCAGAAUAUAUUUACAGCAAUGCAGGCCAUGAUCAAGGCCAUGGAUACCCUCAAAAUCCCAUACAAGUGUGAAAAUAACAAGGUUCAUGCACUAUUAGUUCGAGAAGUCGAUGUAGAGAAGGUGUCAAGUUUUGAGAACCCAUAUGUAGAUGCAAUAAGAAGUUUAUGGAAUGACCCUGGAAUUCAGGAGUGUUAUGAUAGACGACGGGAAUAUCAGUUAUCAGAUUCAACUAAAUACUAUCUUAAUGACUUGGACCGCAUAGCAGAUUCCACCUAUCUGCCAACUCAGCAGGAUGUGCUCAGAGUUCGAGUCCCAACAACAGGGAUCAUUGAAUAUCCAUUCGACUUACAAAGCGUCAUUUUCAGAAUGGUGGAUGUAGGAGGUCAGCGAUCAGAAAGAAGAAAAUGGAUACAUUGCUUUGAAAACGUCACAUCUAUCAUGUUCCUAGUAGCUCUUAGUGAAUAUGAUCAAGUGCUUGUGGAGUCAGAUAAUGAGAAUCGAAUGGAAGAAAGCAAAGCACUCUUUAGGACAAUUAUCACGUAUCCGUGGUUCCAGAAUUCUUCAGUUAUUCUGUUCUUAAAUAAAAAAGAUCUAUUAGAGGAGAAAAUUAUGUACUCCCAUCUAGUUGAUUAUUUUCCAGAGUAUGACGGACCACAGCGGGAUGCACAGGCAGCACGAGAGUUCAUCCUGAAGAUGUUCGUAGACCUGAAUCCAGACAGUGACAAAAUUAUCUACUCUCACUUCACAUGUGCUACAGACACAGAGAACAUCCGCUUCGUCUUCGCUGCGGUCAAGGACACAAUCCUACAGUUAAACCUGAAGGAGUACAACCUGGUCUAACUGUGCCUGGGGGGUCCUCCAAAACCAACUUUCCAUGAUUGAAGAUACACAAGAGGGACUGUAUUAUAAUCUGUGAAAACAAUUUGCAUAAUACUAAUUUAUUGCCGGCCUGGACUCUGUGAAUGUCCACAGAGUUUGUAGUUAAUAUUAUGAUUUUAUUUAAACUAUACGGAGGAAAAACAAAAGAUGCUGAAGUACAUUCACAGCACAUUUCCUCAUUUUUUUAGGCAAAACCUUGUGACUCAAUGUGUUUCAAAUUCUCAGUCAUACAUUUACAAAGGAUAGCAGUUUUUUGCUAUUGAAGCAAAAUCAAGCUGAUUUCCUCUUUCCCUAACCCUUUCUCGCCUCCUCCUUUCCUUCUCCUCUUAUGUUUUACAAGGUACAAUGGCCUUUUUUUCCCCAGUUGCAUUCCUGGGUGAAAUAUUUUCUGUUGGGUGAUUUGGUCAGGAAAGUAGUAUUAUCACAAUUUAAGUCAUCAGUCAUUGUAAUUUUACAGUAUGUACUUUCUCUGAAGGAUCAAAAAGUAUUGAUAUUGUGAUUUUUAAAUUCUUUACAUGGCUGUCUUCAUUCUGUCUUUCACUUUGAGACUAGAAGAUUGGGAUUACAAAGUAGAAUUACUAUUGUCUAAGGAUAUUAAAUUUAUCCGUAAUUUUACAGUUCAGAAAGGUGCACAGAAGACAAUAAUGAAAUAAUUAAGACACAGUUAUUUCAUUAUUGUUAUGAAUAUGUUAGAAUCUCUUUUUAGUUGCCAUGUGCCAUUUUUUUGUCUCUUCUUUUAUUUACAGAUGCCAAAUAGAAAAGUCAGACACUACAGUUUCCCCAGUGGCUACAGCCUGAAACAGUGUUGUUUUUUCUCAGUUUUGUGGUGUGUUUUUUCUUAAGUUAGAGCUUUUUUAAGUGUUCUUUUUCCACAGUAGAAAAAUUAUUUUUAUUGUACAAAAUUCAUGUUGCCAAAUCUGGCUUUUUAUAAAACCAGUGCUCUUGAAACAAGAUACUGAUUGAAAUGCCAAACAGAGGGGUUGGGAACUGACCUGAUUGAGUCAACUGCCAAAUGAUUAACACACACAGUUUUAGCUCAUGUGUUCCCUUUUUUAGAAGGUGUUCCAUUUUCUAAUGCCAAAACCAACAGUGUAAGUGAAUAUGCUAUGAACAUGCACAUGCAUGUGGUCUACUGAUUUAAAAACAGUUUAGAUCUCUCCCUUUGUCAAUUAAGACAUGAGGUUGUUUUCCAUAAUAAUUUCAAGGCACCUUUAGUUGUAUAACACAAAAGUAUUAAUGAGAGAUCAUAUUCAGGAACCUUUCUUGAUAAGGUUCUUGUUAACUAAUUCACAGGCAUUUGAUAAGCUUUCAUGCAAAAGAGCCUCUCUCAAUGUUCUUUAGAAGAGAUUUGUAAAUGUAAAUGAAGCAGUGAGAAAAUAAUUCUUUAAAUUUAAACGUGCAACUUUUUAACAACAAAAAUGCAGCACACGUAGAUGAGCAUUUAUUCUGCAGGUUGAAAGGUGUUUUUUGACUAGGUGCAUGAUUGCUAGCAAGCUCUAGGAAACUCGGAGUUCAGACUUGUAAUUGGAUUUAUUAUUUGCAAUGCAAAGUAGCACUAGAGUGCACUUAACACAGAAAUUGCAGCCACAUAGCAGCAGAUGGGAAGUGGAAAAAAAGAAUGGCUUCUUAGUUGAUUACCAGAGUUAACAAUAAGUACUAAUGAGGCAUUUUUCAUCCUUAACCCUCCCAAUUCCAAAACAACAAUAACAAGAACAGUUGCUAUUUUUUGCUCCCUCUUAAAACACCUUGUAAUUUAAAACUGGUUGUAGGUAUAGUGCAAUUAUGAAUGCUAUAAUCAUUGUACAUACAUAUAUAUAUAUAUAUAUGGCAGCAUCCAUAUUGGCUUUGUAAUCAUUAAUUUUUGGCAAAUUGAAUGUGCUGUAUUGAUAUGUAUCUAUGUAAUUGUAUUGUAUGUCUCAUAGCUAAUUCACAUUUUAAAUAAUGUUAUUUUAUUUACUUUUUUAAGAGAGAAGAAUGUAAAUUUUGUCAGUUUAUUUCUGACUAGGGAUUUGUUGUUUUUAUUUACAAAACAAAAUACUAUAGUACAGAGCGGUACUAGCAUCGUGCUGUAUAAAAUCAUUUCCAUAUUCCUGAGUAGGAGUAAAUUGGAGACACCCAGACAGAGGUCAUUCACAUUCAAAACAAUGUUUAAAUCUUGUCAGGGCUUUAUACAGUUGUAGAAAACAAUCUUAUUAGAGAACUUAGGCCAUUAUAUCUCUAAUUGGAACAUAAGCUUUAUAUAUAAAUCAAAUUUUUAUUUAUCAGAUUCACAUUAGGUUACUUUUACUUUUCUGAUAGGAUUUAUUGGAAAAGUAAAUCUAGAGAUAUUUCAAACCAUUGUAUAUAAGUACUAAUGUGUGUAUGCUGUUGCCCUAAAAAUACCAUGAUAAAAUAUAAAACAUCAGAUCAAUUAAUCAGUCUUUCAGAAACUGCAGAAACUUUAUGAAUAACAACAACAACCAAACAGCCACUAUAAUUAACAAUUUUAAGGAGUUAAAAGCAUUUUAUUUAAAAGUAACGCUGACAUUCUGAAUAGGGGAUCAAAACAGUGACUCUUUCUUACGUACAGCUUAACAAAAUUGGUCCUGAUCUUCCUAUAAAUUCAACAGAGCUUCUGAUUUCACAGUUCCACUGUUGAUAAUAUCCCUUCUUUUAACCUGGGAAUACAUUGCUCACACUGGAUUCAGUGCUAUAAAUGGAACUGUGGCCAAAAAAAAAGAAAAGAAAAAGGAGGGGGGAAGGUAAAAACACCAAACAGACAAAAAGCCACACCAGACAGUGGUGUCUAACAAAAGUUUGGGCAUUUUUAAUUUUUUUUUUCUUAUGAGAUAUUGGGUGGGGGAACAGGAAAUGUGGUUCGGAGUUUUGUAUAAAAACAAAACAGAAGUUUACUCAUGCUUUAUAGUUAUAUUGUGAUUGCAAAAGUUUUCAAGAGUGUGUGCCACUGGGCUAUUUUCUGGUAUUUUUUAGGUGAGUUGAACCUGUGGCAGUGUUUAGAUCAUUUGAGCAUGUUCUGGAAAAAAAGAUAUUCAGCAUGCCAAGGCAAGCUUUACAUGAAUCAUCUAACACAGCAUUGCAGUGUGACAGUUUACAAAAACAUUUUCUUUUUAAAUGACACAGCUGUUCCCACCUGUAGUAUAUUCCAUUGUGGUGGUGGUGGUGCUGUUGUUUUAAUUGGUGGUUUCUACUAUGCCUUAUAGUGCUUAAGUCCAGAAGUUUGUGCCUCUAACAUGAAGCUGAAGGCAAAAACAUCAAGACAGAAACCCUUUUAACUUUGCCAAAAUUAUGUUUUCUUUGAAUGGUAUAAAUGGGAGAGGAGGGAAGGAAAACAUCUUGGGAACCUGUGUAUUCUAGAUGUUCACUAGCACAAGAAAGCUGUAAUACAUGUUUUACAGAAACCUUGAACUUGCCUUUUUCACUAAUUAACUGACACUGUCCUUACAGAUGUAGGAUGAUGCAGCUAUAAGGGCAGUUUACUUUUUAUAAUUCAGUCUCUUUUGAUUAUCAAGGUGUAUGGACUGUAAUUUUUAAUCAUACUGCCACAUGAUUGUGAAUCCCUUUUUAAAGUUUAAAUGUGGAGAAGAGACUUUUAAUGCUGGAUAACAGUCAGAAUUGACUGCAUAAUCUGCAAAAACUCUAUAUGGGGGAAAAGGGCUGCAUAUAAAGAUACUGCUAGACUCCCGUAAGGUGCAGAAGACUUUCAGAUUACUCAACCUCAUGACCCUUCCCUUGUUAAACAUUCUUCACAAAAGAAUAAAAUAUUCGGAGAAAACACGGACAUGUUAACCCACAUAAAAAAAAUAAAUUUAGACAAUAAUUUAUUAUUAUGUGCUGCUAUUUUUGGAGCUCUGUGCAUGGUUUUCCUGCAGACUAUUACAUUAGUGAACUAAUGAAGUGUUCACAGCAUAUUAACAAGGCCUACACAUGACCUACCUCUAGUUAAGAAAUCAGUAAAGUAAAUAUGUUUUGGAGAGACCGACAUAAGUUACGAAAUUUACAUGUCCUAGUAUAGGUGAUUAACCAUGGUAUUUUAGAAAUGGACAUUUUGCAAAGGCGGUCCCUCUUUUGAUAUAAACCAUGAAUUCUAAAAUUUAACAGGCUUUAAACAACUGAAGUCAUCUGACUCUGUCCGGUUUGUUAGUUUAGUAGAGAUCUUGCAAAACAAUACAUUUAGUUUGAGAAGUGGAGCUGCUGAUACUUCCUCUGUUUUGUCUUCUGAUUACCCAUAACAUUUUGAGUUCUGUCAGUCAACCAAGAAACUUUCCUAUGUAGUCAACGCAUUGAGGUCAAGAUUUAGCUGGUUAAAGGGGUUUUACUGUGAGUUUCACUUGAGCUUUUUCACAGUAGCCAUGCUGCAGGGAAAAAAAAUAGAUUUUGAAAAUAUUGUCAAAAAUAUAAAACCAGCCAUAUCAAGGUUAAUGUAAAUCUGUUGAUUCGGGGGUUUUUUCUCUCAAAAUACAAUUUAAGAUUAAGUCUGUUGCUGGGUUUCUCAUUCACCAUGCUGCAGGAAAUCCUUAUUUGACCAGUUUUAAUUUUUUUAUAGGGAGGAGUGUCAGAUGCAUUUUAAAACUUCGAGUAUUUAAAAGUAAAUAUCAUAUCUGCUGUUCUUAAAGUGUCAUUUAAAUGCAUGUAUUGUGUGUUGCUUGAGGGACAGAAACAGUUUUUUUGAAAAACUAAUAUUGUACAGUUACUGCCCCUCAAAAAUGUUGCUGGUUAAAAAUACAGUAUUUUUGGCCAAUACCUUUGUACUAUAGUAUCUUCAUUCCUGAAAUGUAGUUUUUCUGAAAUACUGUUUGGGCUUAUUGUUCUCCCAAAGUGCUUCUUGUUAUAGUAAAUGGUGGAUAGAUGUGUUACUCCACAAUUAAUUUUUAAUUAUGUGUGCUCCAUCAUCAUUGUCUAAAUAUUAAAAUUUCCGGAAUAUCUUUAUUACAGCCAGACAUUCAAAACCUUUGAGGUUUGUUACAGUGGAGAUGGUAAUUUGACAGUAUUAUUAAAGGUUUGGAGAUUUUUGGCUUGUGUACAAUGGAAACUCAGAAGUGGGGGGUGAGAAGAAAUAAACCCCAUACCUUACUACUAGAAAAUUCAGACUGUGUGGACAGGUGAAUUUCUUAAGGAUUUUGGAUGAUUGCAGUAGUACUGCAAGAGCGAGGUGUUCCUUAGGUUGUCUUGUUCACCUGUGCCGUGGCAGGAAUAAGGGAAAGAUGCCUAUGUGCUACUUUUUAGGAGUUUGGCUCAUACUUGAUCAACAAUCAGUGGAUCUCCUAUCUUCACUACCGAAGAAAUAGAAUUUCAGGCCAGUUGCAAAAAUGAGUUUGUUUUCUAUUACAUGAUCACAGUGGUUUAAGUAAGAUUCCCAGAGUGCAAACAGUUUACCUAAGCAAGGACUUGAGUGAAUGAUUCCUCAUUUUAAUUUCCAGUUACAGAAUGUAAGGGAGAAGGGUCAGUAGGGAAGGAUUUAUUUUAUCUUUAUGUCUCAGUGAAGAUAAUGCCAACAACAUACAGUGUCAGUGGUGACUGUUGGAUAUGUGAAAUAGAUGUAGAAACUAUCUGUGUGAUAAAUUGUGCAUAGUUGUGAUUAAAACCUGCCAUCAGAUCAUUACAAUCAUCUCACCAGAUUGCUGAGCACUUGUAGGAUACUGUUCCAAACACCUAGGAGUAUUUGUAGACGGCCACAAAAUACACAGUUGCCAGCUCCUCAGUAGCACGUGUGGUAUCAGUAUCUGACAUCAAGGCACCUGCCCCACUCUCAUAGCUCAUUGCUACAAAAAAGAGCUACCCUCUGAGACCUCCUCUGUUCCCCGUUUUCAACUGCUGGGAAUUUUUCCUCUCCCUUAUUUCAGCCUUCCUGCUUUGCUAAUGAGCUGGGUGAAAAGAAACCCAAACCCUCUUCUUGUUUGGCUGCUUUACUAAUCUAAUUUUCAGGGGUGUCAGCUGAUUUGGCUGACCAAUAUUUCCAACAAGUGCUAAGCUGACUAAGUGGAAGAGGUAGAAUUGUGUGGCCAAAAGGCUUAGAAAUGAAGAAAAAAAGGAGUAACACUCCUCCCCUUUUUAAACCUAGUCCUGUAGUAUCUAAAACCUUCAUUUUAUGCCCUCUGGGGGCUAUUAGCUAUUCUGGCUUGGAAGGGUUGCAAUUUUCACUUUGAGAGGUCUUGACUGCAUUUUUAUCUGAGAAAAAAUGAAAUUGUAGAAAAAGGAGAACUCUUUCCUACUCCGCUUUAAAGUUUCACACCAGUUUCUGUGUAUAUGGACUAAAUGCAACUGUAGUCAGACUGAUGCCAACAAGUCACCCUUAGUGUUAAGGAUGGAGAAAUAUAAGAAUUGGGCUUUCAUUCAUCUCACAGGGAGAAAAAAAAA